AAACAAUGCUACACAGAAAGAGGAUUAAUGUGUAUUUUAUCCCCCAUAUUUCCAUAUUGGUGGUCUAGUUUAUACCAGUAUCUUGGAACAAAAAGUUUGUAAUGAAAUCAUUGUACUGUAGGCUAUGUGGCCUUUUAAGAACGUUUGCCUGUGUUCCUCUCCCUUUUCUCUUCCUACACCUGCUCCGUCCUCUUCAUUUUCUCUUGAAAGUUUUUCAGGAUUUUAGUGGGAAGCCCUCGGUUAAAAAGAUAAAUGGAUUCAAGCCAUUCUUGGUGCCAUUUCUAAUUAAAUAAAAAAUACAAGGUUAGGGUACACAGUUUUACAGUGAAAGUGUCACUCUUGUAAUGAAAUCAUACACUUUUCACUGGUGAAAUAAAAAGGUGAUGUCAUCAAUAUGUCAGUUUACCCAUAGAUAUGAGUUUACCAGUUAAAUGGAUCUUUGAGUCAAACUUCUAUAUUUGUACAUGCUUAUGUGUUGAAGUGAAUUUCUACAUGGUAAACUCAACUGUGUGAACCACAACAAAUAGUUUCAUAAUAGCCAACAGACAACCAGAACAGUGCAAACAAGGAUUUACAAUGCCAUGUACAUAAUACUACGUCCCAAACACCCCACUUGUUAUACUGAUAUUGCAGUCAACUCUUAGGCCCAGUUUCACAGACAAGGCUUAAGGCUAGUCCCAGACUAAAAUGAAUGUGUGGCCCGUCUUAACUGAAUAUAACUUGCCUGGAAAUAUCUUAAAAUAUAUCAGUGUCUCGAGAUGCACACCAGUAAUGUAUUCUUCUAAGGUAUUUUAUAAAAGCGACACAAAUAUCUUAAUUCAACUAAGGCAUAGUCCUGUCUUAAACUGUGAAACCGGGCCAUAGGGGUGGUUUCCUGGACAAGGAUUAGCUAAAACCAGGACUAGGCCUUAGUUAAAUUAGUCCAUUUAACUAGUUUUUACAUUCACGCCCUACAAAACAACAUGACUUGUGUGCAUUUUGAAACAACACAAUGGCACUGGUGUGUUUUAAAAUAUGUCAGUGCAAAUUGAUUUCAGUUUGGACAGCUUUAACAUUUAUUUUAGCCCAGGACUAGUAUUAAUCCCUGUCCGGGAAACCACCCCUUAAUGUCUACAUUUAUAAGAAUAUACCAUGUAGUAAAAAAGACAAACGAGUUGUAAAACAUUAAAGAUUUCAAAAAGUUUUUUUAAACUCGGUAAUCGAGUACUAGGUUUCAACACUGUGUAAGAUGCAUUGGGUUAUUAUAGAUUACAGUUUUUCUCAGUCGCUUUGGAGCAUUUCUCGAAUCAUUCUUAAAAUUAGCUAAAUAAUAUGUGCAUUUCUCAGAACAAUUUGUACAAACUGCACAACAUCAUGGAUUUCCUGCAAAAGCGUGUAACUUGUUCAAAAUCCUUAGAUCAUCUCUCAAAAUUACAUUUUUACAUCAGUGAACAUGUCAGUCCCAUGAAAAUGGCAAGUCCUUGUGUCAUUGUUCGUGAACAAGACAGUCAAAAUAUUUAGCCAUGUUGUCAAUAUAACGGGUGCUUUACAGUAUUAUUUAUUUUUUGGAGUAUUUUCGGAUGUAAACUAUGGCUUCAGUUUGUAAUGACACUCAUUGAUAAUGCACAUGACUGACUUAUUUCACUUUCAAUAGUACAAAGUUAUACGUAUGUGCGACACUGACAGCAAAAGAUUGAACAGUAUUCACUUUACACUUGUUCUGUUGGUCUGUCAACAAAUUACACAUCAAGCUUGAAAAAAGUAAAUGUGAUGAAGAAAAUGCAACAUUAUUUUACAGCACAAUGGAAAAAAUUGCAAAAAAAAAAGAUAAAAAUAGGAGAGACCCUUCAGGCAGAACUGUAUGCAGUGCUGUAUGAGGAAUCAAACAUAUUUUCUACUCCUCCUUUGGCUUUGGGAUGUCUUACUCUUGCAACGCAGCAGUAAAAGGCAACGAUAUCCGAAAUGACCACAUGCUUUUGUAAAUCAUCUUAAAACAGAGCCCUGUUUUUUCACUGUACAGAGAAAAUCUCUGUACAGUGUGUGUCUCUCUCUCUCUCUCUGUGUGUGUGUGUGUUGUAUGGAUGAAGGAUCUGAGUUUCUAACAGUGAAAGCAACCUGUGAGCAAAGUAAAUUUAGUCACAGUUUGGAUCAAUAACCCUGUAAGUGUAAGAAAACUGAAUAUGCCCGACAGAUUAUGACAACUGGUCUAACCAUUUUGCAUUGAAUGACUAAGACGAUGAACAAAUGACUAGAUGUUUAGAGGGGUAAGACAAUUGCACAGAGAACUAUAUGAUACAUUUUGAGCAACAUGACAAUAGCAACUGAUAAUGUAGGAAACAACAGACAAUUGUACAUUAUCAAUUGCAUGAAUGUACUGAAGCAAUUGCAACUUGUUCAAAAUAAUAAGAAACUACUUUUCUGAUGUGCACACGUGACAAGAUGAUGUGAAGGUUGAAUAACUAGUUUUGAAAAUUUCAUUUCUGAUCUGAGAAAUGCUCCAAAGUGACUGAGAAAAACUGUAAUUUACAGCUAAGGGUGUUUGGGAAUCUAUUUAAAUCUGCAUUUAGAGAGAAAAUCUCUAAAGUAUCGAGUUCCCAUCAAGGGGAACUGUGUUAAAAUGUUAUAUGCUCUCCUACUUGUAAGUCACUUUGGAUAAAAGCGUCUGCCAAACGAAUAAAUGUAAAUGUAACUAACUGAUAACUCGAACGUCUGAGCGCUAGCUGUAGCAAAUUGUCUCUCCACCAGGGGGAGACAACACAUCAGAUUUCCAAACCUGUUCACUCCUGCUUAAAGGGGUCAUAUGGCGGAAAUACGUGUUUUUCUGUGACUUUGGUGUGUUAUAAGUUGCCCAUGCAUGUAUUAGACACGUAAAAUUGCUCAAAUUAAAGUGUCGGAACAAAAGAUGCAUUCUAUCUAAAAGCGAAUGCGAACCCAGACCUGCCUGAAACGCCUCGUGUAACCACACCCCGACGAAAGUACGUCACUUUGUAACAUGAUUUGACUCAAGACCGCCCAAAUCUAAACGCAAGUGAGGUGGGUGUACUUGUAAAUCUCAUUGUAUCGUCACCGCCGCAGCCAUGUUGCGGAGACACUGUGUGUUUCGUUGCGAAAAUAAAGACUCUUUGUUUGCCAUGCCAAAAGAUGAGACAACUAAAAACGAAUGGUUACAUUUUAUUUACAACACUGUUCCAGAAAAGUACAAUCCGAAUGUUCAAGUUUGUGCAGCGCAUUUCACCGAAGAUUGCUUCAGGAACGUGGGAGAGAGAUUAAGACCGGCUGUGCACAAAAGCUUUGGUUAAAAAGUGGGGCCGUUCCAACCAUUAAAACUUCGCUGGCGCUUCAGAUUCGCAACCUAUAUGGAGCCUCGGUUUAGGAAAAGAUCUGAUGGGAAUCUAAAUAUGUGUGACUCUUCAGCUGCACUAAAAGUAAGGGAGGAGAACAAAAAGAGAACAUGGUCUCGAGCCCUGUCCCCGGAUAAGGUCUCUGAGUCUGCACGAAGAGCUGUACUGUGCCAGGGUGACGAUCCGGGCAAUAAAAUAUACCUUUCAGGCCAGCAUGAAAUCCAGUUUGGAGCCUUCAGAGGUCAAACAUUUAAAUGGCUUGCUGAAAAUGCACUGGGUUAUGCUGGAUACCUGGUGGCAAGUAUAAAGAGGGAAACUUCUGAAGUAAAAGACAACAGAAACCACCGGGCUAAUAAAGAAGCCUUUCAAGAGUACAUAGAACUUUUCCCAGAGGGUUAUGAAGCCAUUCGAGUUAAGACAUUAAAUAUGGAUUCCAAUAGCUCCCAGCAUACUCCUGUCUCAAAGGAGUCCUGCAGCUCUACACAGUCUUCACCUUUAGUCUCUUCUGUCCGUUCACUUUUGGCUGGCAAAACGUGCAAUCCACAGAGCCUUGAUAAAACUGUUCGAAGACUGUUUACAUCACCUGUGGCCCAACCAAAUUUAGUGGCAAGAUCUACAAAACCUCAGCCAACUUUACCAGCAUGUGGAACACUGAAUCAAGACGACCGUGAACUGAUAGAGCAAGCAGACUUUCUUGAAUCCCAAGUAUCCAGUAAAAGAGUUUGCCUUCCGGUAGGCUGGACGAACACAUUGCCAUCUGCUGAUCAGAACUGGGUAUCAAAGGCUUUAUUCAAAUGGUCAGCCCAAAACCAACCAGAAUUAGACUACACCAAGGUGGACAGGAUGUGGUGGUAUCCUCCCCAGUGCCGUUUUACCAUAACUGGAGUGCCUGUGACAGAAUGCUACUUUGGCCACCCUUUCUUUCUCUGGAUGCCAAGAAAGCUGUGGAGAGUGAAACUAACAUGUCCACAUUCAGACUGUGUGAAGGAAGAGCUCACAUCAACAGGCUUGCAUCAGGAAAUCAGACAAGUAAUUGCUGUCGAAACAUCUUAUUUUAUGGCGUCAGAGUAUCUCUCGUGCAGGAGAUGCAAGAGAAGAGUGAUCAGCUGGAGCUUUGACAUCGUUUCUCAGCUUGAUGUAAGUCAUAGGCUUCAGUUCCCAUGCAUUCUUACAUUGAAGCUGGCAUGUGACAUGAGAGUGGUUCGACUUCUCCGGCAGAGAGGUCUGGGGAACAGUAGCAGUCAAAUACAGAAGAAACUAGAGGAGCAGCACUCUGAGACAUGGCUGCAGAAGACCAUCCAGUAUCUGACAGAUUGCCAAAGCCUUUGCGGUGCUGUAACAUCAGGCCUUGUGAGUCCAGUAUCUUUUCAAGACCCACCUGCCAUGCUUGAUGUACCCAAGCAUCGGUGGCUGAUGCAGGUGUAUGCGUUGGAUGUACUUCAAAGACUAGAUGAAAUCAAAGCCAGCAUCACCUCACAGUUUGGGCGUGUGCUGAAGCUGUAUUCCACCAAGAUUGUUUCAUGUAAGCUAGCUGGUCACAGUGCUGGAACUUCCACUUGGGUUACAAAUGUCGGCAACGAGUAUGGCCAGGUGAUAAUGUCUGUGCUAACAGCCAGUGAAGGCUUUGGACUGGCACCAAUGGCUGCUGGAAUUAUUAAAAGGUACAGAGAUGCUGGAGUGCCUCCCCCUGAACUGUUGUAUGUUGACAGAGACUGUUGCGGGUCUACUUAUCUUAAAAAGAUGUUUGAGGAGUGGACGAAUAUGGAGGUCAGGCUAGACAUAUGGCAUUUCAUGAGAAGAAUUGCUGUUGGUUGCACAACAGACUCCCAUCAACUGUAUGCAACUUUCAUGGCUCGUCUCAGCCGCUGUAUUUUUAUGUGGGACCAAGAAGACCUGCACAGGUUUAUUGUGGCAAAGCGUGCAGAGUUGGAAUCACAGCUCAUGCAGCCUUCACACGAUGAUGUGCUACGACGCCGAAGCAAGAAUGAGCUAGCCCUUCACUGCAAACGGAAAACGUGUGGAACAACUGAAACUGUGGAUCUCAUUACCCAGCUUAUUCAGUCCUUCGAAGGUGAAAGGGGUCGUGACACUUUAGGUGUGUCUCUUAUUAAUUCAGAUCGAAUGUCUGAGAUAUGGAAGUCUCAGAAAAAACAUGUGGCCUGUAUACAGGACCACACUGGCUUACAGUUGUACGUGCAGACUGGAACAUUGCAAAAGGGAGGGUAUGUUCUGCCAACUUACAGGUCCGCCAGAGGUUCCACCUCACUGGAAUCAUUCCACCUACAUCUCAACCGGUUCAUUCCAGGCACUUUAGCCAGUGAAACAUUUUUCCAGGCGUACUUGUUGGAUGGAUUGGCCAGGUGGAAUGAAGACCGAGCAUCUGCUGCAACAUCUGAGGGCAUGGUCCUGCACAGUGGCCUGACUGCAACAGAGUUGUUGAAGCUGUGUUCAUAAAGCUUUGUUCUCUCUAUCCCAACCCUGUGCGCCAAGGAGGAGUUAAAAUCUCACGGUUUACUCUGAUUGGACGUGCCUAUAAGCAUAUCCAAGAGUGCAUUCUGAGCAAUGCUGAAGUAAUGCAGCAGACCACUCUCCAGCUCCCUGAGGUUAAUAUAGCCACACUAACACAGUGGUGAGUGAUGUGAUUUCUGUAGUUGAUUUAACAACACAUAAUGAAACAUAAAUGUCAUAAUCCCUAAAACAAUUCAUUGAACCUCAUGCAACUCUUGCUGUAGGUACAGCAGACGUGCCAGAUCUCAUGAGAGGAAUAUUUUAUCUCAAGGAAUUCGUGUUCAAGAUGCACCAAUGACAGCACUCCAAAAAGAAGCAAUUACACAGUGUGAAAUUAAUGAUGAACCUCACAUUUUUAGCUUGCCUCCAAACACAGCUGGGAUGGCCAAAACAAGAUCUGGGCCACAAACAGUAUUGCAACAGCCUGCACUGCCUCAACCAGGCCCCCCAUGAUCAGCUGCACCUCCUCAAAGAGGGCUUCCCCAACAACUUGCACUCAACAACUCACCUGGAGCUCCCCCAGUUAUCCUUCCUGCCCCUGCAUGCCAACCUAUGAUGGUAAUUGUAACACUACCUGCAGAAAACACUGGGACUGCAGCUGUGCAACCUUCUGUACCAUACACCACACAGUGCUACAGGAAGAGAAAACUGGCACGAGAGGAGAAGGAGAUAUUGCUAAGAAAAUAUGAGCGGAAAACUGAAGUGAUCCUGUGCAAGAAAUGCAACAAGGAAAGAAAACCACCAUCUCAUCACCAGUAUUUUGGAAAUUGGUACUGUGAGGAGACUACUACUGAGCCCUAUGAAGAAUGGAGGGCAGCACUGCAGGCACGUGGCUGUGGCAAGAAAAGAGCAGGCAAUAAAGAGUAGAAAGACUGCCACAUUGCUAAACACUUCUAAACACUUUAUUAUUUACUAUAUAAUUUAUAUCAGCAUUUUUCCACUAUCCAGGUCUGUUACUACAAAAGAUGAUGGCCAUGUGACUGUUGAGAUUGUGGAUGUCAUUCAUAACAUCACUGUACAGUUAUUUAUAAUGCUGUUACUGUACCCAAUUCUGAAUAGAAUACUCUAAAUAACUUUUAGUUAUUAUAUAUUUUAGUUAUUUUCAUAUAUAUAAUUUACACUUUUAGUUAUUUUAUAAAGUUAUUAAAUAUCUUAAGUUAUUUAUAAUUUUGGGUAAUGUGAACAAAUAGCAUUUGCCGUGCUAUUUACAGUGUCGAGGUGUUUGGUUAAUAACAUUACAUUUAAAUGGGCACAUUUCUGACUGUAAAAUGAACAUGUUUGAAAUAAACAGAUUAAUG